CUUGUUCCCACACAAGAACUGGAGAGCUGUGGCUUGAUUCUGCCUCUCUAGGCCGGUUCUAUGGCGCGCUUCGUUGCCGUUCUCCUCACUGCUGCCGCCCUGCUCGCGGUUGGACGGCUGAGCCAUGCAGCUCCGUCGACGGCCGAGAUGUUUUGGCGCGCCGUCCUGCCGAGCUCCGCCGUGCCGGACACUGUCCUCCGGCUCCUCCGCCCCGACACCAGCUUCGUAAGCAAAGGCAAGGUCGAGGGAGGAGCAAGACCGAGGGCUGCUCCCUUCAAUUACCAAAAUUACAAGCGCUCGUCUCCUGCGAGAGAUGCGACGCUGCGAGAUGAUACGCCGUUCAGCUACGACUACAAGGAGCCCAGAGAGCGCCGCGCGACGCUGCGAGAUGAUACGCCGUUCAGCUACGACUACAAGGAGCCCAGCGAGCGCCGCGCGACCCCGCGAGGCGCCGGGGCCACCAUGACGACGGUGUUUUUCCACGAGGGGGCGGUGCGGGUGGGCGAACGCCUGCCGUUCCACUUCCCGGCGGCAGUGCCCGCGGCGCUCGGGUUCCUGCCGCGCCACGUCGCGGAUUCCAUCCCGUUCUCGGCGCAGGCGCUGCCGGGCGUCCUCGCGCUGUUCGGCGUCUCCCCUGACACGGUCCAGGCCGCUGGCAUGAAGGAGACGCUGCGCACGUGCGAGUCGCCGCCGCUCGCCGGGGAGGCCAAAUUCUGCGCCACGUCGCUCGAGGCCCUGGUCGAGCGCGCCAUGGCGGCGCUCGGAUCCCGGGACGUCAGUGCGGUGACCUCCACGCUGCCCCGCGCCGGCGCGCCACUGCAGCUGUACACCGUCCACGCCGUGCGGCCGGUCGACGGCGAGAGCUUCGUGGCGUGCCACGACGAGGCCUACCCGUACACCGUGUACCGGUGCCACGGCACCGGCCCGGCCAGGGCGUACAUGCUGGAUAUGGAGGGUGCCCGCAGCGGCGCGGUCACCGUGGCCACCGUCUGCCACACCGACACGUCCAGGUGGAACCCGGAGCACGUCUCCUUCAAGCUCCUCGGCACCAAGCCCGGCGGCGAGCCCAUCUGCCACCUCAUGCCGUACGGGCACAUAAUCUGGGCCAAGAACGUGAAGCGCUCGCCGGCAUAAGGAGCACCAUUCUGCCGUAGGAACUUGUGAAUUGUGAUCGAUGCCGUAUCUAUUUAUAUGUUGUUCAUGGCACCUGCUCUGCUCCUGUACCUCUGCAGUUCCUGGUCACUAGAGCAGCGUCUGUAAUAAAAGGACUUGCUGUGCUUGUAGUAUUUACAUGAACACUUCGUAUUACCCUACUGUUAAAUCAUAUCCUCACUAUGAUCGGCAUGUUCU